GAACGUCCACACUGAGUUUUGUCGACCACAUAAUGAAAGCCUAAGUCCAUUAAUUUUGAGUCAAUCUCUCUCUCUCUCUAGAGAAGCUUACAGAGCCACUUAUAUAAUUAAAAUCUCCAUCUCCUUCUCUCCCACUUGCCAACUAAAAACUUUCCUUUCCCAAAUCCCACUUAAAGAAAAAAAAAAGGAAAAAUCCUGCAUCGAUUUUGUUUUUUCGAUUCAUCAAUAGAACAGGCAAAGUUAAAGAGAAUCAACUCAACUUUGGGCAUCCGCCAUGUCUUCCAUUCUAAGCUCUCAAGGUCUCGUCAUUGCCACAGCCAUGGUCGUCUCCUCCACAGCUCUGUUCCUCGCUUUCUCCAAUCACCACAAGAUCAAUCCAAUAAUCCCUUCCAUAUCCCUUCUUCCUUCUUGCUUUUCUUCUGAUGAAAAGAAGAAGGAGAAGAAGAAACAGAGGAGGAAGAAGAAGAAGGUGAGAUUUGCAGAGGAUGUGAAAGAGCCAAAAGGGAAUGGAGAAGAGUAUAGAAGAGAGCAUGAUGAGAAAAUGGGUAUGGAGGAAAGAAAAUUAACAAGAACAAGAACAAGCAAUUGUAGAAAUGAAAUUCCUGCAAAUCGAGUUGCUCUGUAUAAUGGAAUUCUUAAAGACAGAUCGCAAAGGAUUCAAUGUUCGUUUUGAUCAUAACUCUGUUUUUUCUAAACCUGUUUCUUUCUUUCUCUCUUUGUUUUUUUCUGGGGAAAUUAUGAGAAAAAUCUAGGUUCUCUGUGGCUGUCAAUGGAUGGUGGAGUUUCUCCCACUCACUUUUUUUUUUUUUUUUUUUUUUUUUUCCUUUUCUCUUUUCAUUUUAGUUAAAAACAAAAGAAGGUUAUGAAUGAUGUAAAGAAGUUUUAAGUUUUGUAGGGUUUGUUGGUGGAAUUUGAAAAUGGAAAUGUGAAAGAAACGAUUGGGAAAGUAGAAUUCAAUUUCUUGUUUUCA